AUGAACAUUCAGCAGAACAAACAGCAGCAAGAAGCAGCAGCAGCAGCAGCAGCAAACGCAGCAGCAGCAGCAAACGCAGCAGCAGCAGCAGCAAACGCAGCAGCAGCAGCAAAGAUCAUCCACAGAAGGAGAAAGACAAGCCCACAGCUGCAGCGGGUGCGACCUGCAGCAGCAGCAGCAGCAGCAGCAGCAGCAGCAGCAGCAGCGGCGGCGGGGCGGCAGGUGAGGCGGCAGCAGCGCCAGCAGCGCGUGAACAGCAGCAGCAGCAGCAGCAGUGUCGCAGGUGAAACAGCAGCAGCAGCAGCAGCAGCAGCAGUGCGGCAGGUGAAGAAGCAGCAGCAGCAGCAGCAGCAGCAGCAGUGCGGCAGGUGA